AUGCGCGUCGUGAGGAUUCUCGAGGUGAGACAAGACGUGGACACCAUGCGGUCAUAUGAGUAUUAUUGGCGGAGAUUUACCGGUGAACAUGCAAAGGAAUCUUUCCAACUCCAUGGAACAAACAGACAAUGCAUGCUGGGUGAAGAUGAUGACGAAGUGACGCCUUGUGAUUCGAGUCUGUGUUAUCUUUGUUGCAUUCUACGGUACUCUUUUGACGUGGCGCAGAGCGGGAAGAAGUUUUCGUUCAAGAGAUUCGGCCAUGGAAUCUAUCUUACCCCCGUGUCCUCGAAGGCCCACGACUACGUCGACAAUCAUCUACCACAAGAUGCACCCGAAGCCCCAAAAGUCAUGAUACUGGCCCGCGUAGUCCUGGGCAGACAAAUCACCCCAACUGCCAACAUGUACUACUUGCAGUCGCCGCCGGAGGGCUACGAUUCGGUCAUCGGUAGACCUGGAAUCCACCCCGAUAUGAACUACGAAGAAACGGUCGUAUACAAUAACGAUGCGGUUCGGCCAGCGUAUCUCAUUGUGUACGAGAUUGAUGCACCGGAGGACGAGGAGUCCCAGUGGCAGAGUGGCGAACCGGAUUACGGUGACGGGCAAGUUCAAGAAUCGGAUACUAGCGAUGAGGAGGAGGAAAAUGGGGAACAGGACCCCGAAAUUCAUUAUUCAGAUGAUGGAGAAGUCCAAGAAUCUGAUCAUGGCGAGGAGUUGGAGGUGGAGGUGGAUGAAGAACAGGAACCUGGGACGAAUUACGAUGACGGGCACUUGCAAGACUCAUAUACCAGCGACAAGGCUGAGACGGAAAAUGAGGAAGGACAGGACCCUGAGACUUAUUAUCCGGAUGAUGGAGACGUCCAAGGAUCCGACCCUGGAGAGGAGGUGGAGGUGGACGAGGACGAGGACGAGGAACAGUAUCCUGAGAUUCAUUAUUCAGAUGAUGGAGAAGUCCAAGAAUCCGACCCUGGCGAGGAGAUGGAUGUGGAAGCAGAGGCGGAGGAGUAUGAGGAACAGGACCCUGAGGUGAAUUACGACGGGCCAGUACAGGAGCCGGAUGCUAGUGACGAAGACAAAGAGGUGACAGACGAAGAGCAGGAUUUUACUGUGGAUGAUGAUGCUGAUGAUAUUAGCGACGAUGGCGGUGGUGACGACGACUACGACGUCGACGAUAACGGUAGUGACGAAUGGGAUGACUGA